UCCCGGCGCGGCCGCCGCGAUGAACAGCGUGGGCGAGGCGUGCACGGAGCUGAAGCGCGAGUACGACCAGUGCUUCAACCGCUGGUUCGCCGAGAAGUUCCUCAAGGGCGACAGCGCCGGCGACCCCUGCGGACAGCUCUUCAAGCGCUACCAGCUCUGCGUGCAGAAAGCAAUCAAGGAAAAGGACAUACCUAUUGAGGGCCUGGAGUUCAUGGGCCAAAGUAAAGGAAAAACUGAAAACUCCUCUUGAUGUUGGUUGUAUGGGUGCAGUCACUAAUAGGAGCCUUUGGACUAAGCACCAUCACCAGGUGUACCACAGAUGCCACCUGAAUAAGACCUUUGUUAAUGGCUUUAUAGGAAGUGAUGAAUGUUCUGCUUGUGAAAACAAACGGCUAAAAGGAAAAAAAAAAACUCUGGAUCAUCAGCAGUGGUAACUGCUGCCUCCUUUCCAGUGAAAGUUGGUGGUGGCUCAGCAUCGAAUGGCUUAAAAAUCCAUGUGAUUUAACUUCCCACUGAAUGUACUCUGUAAUGGGGGAAUGCUGGUUGGAGUGGGCUGAGGUGGUUUCUUUGUGACUGAUUUAUUUUGCUUAUUUAUGUAGCACUUGAAAGUGUUUCAAAAGAAUAUGGAGGGGGUUGAUGUACUUUCUAUCAUCUCUAUGCUGCUGAAUUUUGGUGAAGAAGUUAGUUUCAUGUCAUCCUGAAUGCUGGAGGGCUUAAGCACUGUUUUGUGUCAGCUACAGAGACGGUUUUAAAGCACUAGAGGACCUGCAACAGUUUCGCUAAAAUAAAUAUACCAGGUUAUAUUUUGUUCAAGUAGG